UGUUGUCAUGUGAUUAUAACGCAGGAAGAUACCAGUGACCAUGUGACCUACAGGGUGACCUAUGGGAUCCCUCCAGAGUCUCCCCCAUAUAAGCCCUGGAUGGAGCCUCUGCUCACUCUUUUACUGCUUAGCUGAGUUGCAGUAAGGUCAAGUCCUGUCAGAGAGUGUCUGGAGUCCAGAAGAGGCCUAACGUCUACCACGCAGCCACGGAUCCACAAGUCCACUACCCCCCAGGUCCAAGUCAAAACCUGGGACUUUAAAGGUUUUCGGCAGUUUCGGCUCGGCGUGGCGUCAGCGCAGUGUUCCGGCCGCGCAAUGUCCCUUCUGUUCGCCCGACCAACAGCGAAGAUCUCCAAUAAGAAGGAUAAGAGAUACAUGGCGGACGUCAACGCCUCUCCCCUCAAGCACUUCGUGACUGCCAAGAAGAAGAUCAAUGGCAUCUUCGAUCAGCUCGGGGCUUAUAUCCAGGAAAGCUACAACUUCCUGGAGGAAACUUACAAGAAUGCAGAGCUGGAUCCUGUCGCCUCAGAAGAACAAGUGCUUGAAGUCAAGGGCUAUCUCACCAACGUGAAGGGCAUCAGCGAGGUGCUUGCCCGACGUCACAUGAAGGUGGCCUUUUUUGGCAGGACCAGCAAUGGAAAGAGCAGUGUGAUAAACGCCAUGCUGUGGGAUAAGGUCCUGCCCUCUGGGAUCGGCCAUACCACCAACUGCUUCCUGCGCGUGGAGGGGACUGAGGGGAACGAGGCCUAUCUGCUGACCGAUGGGUCCGAGGAGAAGCAGAGUGUCAAGACUGUGAUGCAGCUGGCUCAUGCCCUUCAUCAGGAUGAACUUCUGGACUCCGGAUCCUUGGUCAGUGUUAUGUGGCCUAAUUCCAAAUGCCCCCUGCUGAAGGAUGACCUUGUGCUGAUGGACAGCCCCGGUAUUGAUGUCACCACUGAACUAGACAGCUGGAUAGACAAGUUUUGUCUCGAUGCCGAUGUUUUUGUACUGGUGGCGAAUUCUGAGUCCACCCUCAUGCAGACAGAAAAGCAGUUCUUCCAUAAGGUGAACGAACGUCUGUCCAGACCGAACAUCUUCAUCCUGAACAACCGGUGGGAUGCGUCUGCCUCAGAACCAGAGUAUAUGGAUGAGGUGCGGCGUCAGCACAUGGAGCGAUGCACCAGUUUCUUGGUGGAUGAGCUCGGCGUCUUGGAUCGAACCCAAGCAGGAGAUCGGAUUUUCUUUGUAUCUGCCAAGGAGGUUCUUAAUGCCCGGAUACAGAAAGCUCAAGGAAUGCCAGAAGGAGGUGGCGCUUUAGCUGAAGGUUUUCAAGUAAGGAUGUUUGAGUUCCAAAACUUCGAGAGAAGAUUUGAGGAAUGCAUAUCUCAGUCGGCUGUAAAAACCAAAUUUGAGCAGCAUACAAUGCGAGCCAAGCACAUAGCGGAGGUUCUGCGUCAGAUCAUGGAGUCCGUGCAUGUGUCUGCCCAGGAGCAGAGGGUUUACUGCCUGGAAAAGCGGGAGGAGUUCAGGGACCGAUUGGAAUUUAUUGAAAAGCAACUGGAGCUGCUGACGGAGGAUUACAGGAUGAAGAUCAAGCAGAUCACAGACGAGGUGGAGCGGCAGGUGUCAAAUGCCAUGGCUGAGGAGAUCCGCCGCCUCUCGGUGCUGGUAGACGACUUCCAAAUGGAGUUUCAUCCGUCAUCUGUUGUCCUUAAAGUUUAUAAGAACGAACUCCACCGACACAUAGAGGAAGGCUUGGGCAGGAACCUGUCAGAUCGCUGCUCCAGUACCAUUUCUGUGUCCCUGCAGACCACCCAACAGGAGAUGAUCGAAGGUCUGUUACCUCUUCUUCCAUCGUCCUCCCGCUCCCAGAUCGACAUGCUGGUCCCCCGCCAGAGCUUCAGCCUGAGCUACGACCUUAGCUGUGACAAGCUGUGCGCCGACUUCCAAGAAGAUGUGGAAUUUCACUUCUCUCUCGGGUGGACGAUGCUGGUGAACCGGUUCCUGGGACCCAAGAAUGGCCGCAGAGCUUUGAUGGCCUAUAAUGACCAGAUACCACGUGCAAUGACCCCAGUAAAUCCAAGCAUGCCACCAAUGCAGCAGGGGGCUAUGACCCAGGAGGAACUUAUGGUGUCCAUGGUGACUGGAUUGGCUUCCUUAACAUCCCGAACAUCCAUGGGUAUAUUGGUGGUGGGAGGAGUGGUCUGGAAAGCUGUGGGAUGGCGGCUCAUCGCUUUGUCUUUUGGACUUUAUGGGCUCCUGUAUGUAUAUGAGCGCCUCACCUGGACCACAAAAGCUAAAGAGAGAGCCUUCAAGCGCCAGUUUGUGGAAUACGCAGCUGAGAAACUGCAACUCAUUGUCAGCUACACCGGCUCCAACUGCAGUCACCAAGUGCAACAGGAACUCUCUGGGACAUUCGCUCACUUGUGUCAGCAGGUGGACGUCACCCGAGGAAAUCUAGAACAGGACAUUGCAGCGCUGAAUAAAAAGAUUGAAAUCCUGGACAGUCUGCAGAGCAGAGCGAAGUUGUUGAGGAAUAAAGCCGGCUGGUUGGACAGCGAGCUCAAUAUGUUCACUCACCAAUACCUGCAGCAGAGCUGAGGCGACUUCGGAAACGCCAGCGAAUGGGAAUUUCUAUAACCACAACCACUUCCUGAAAUCUCCUCUACUACCGCACUCAGAACUAAUCCGCCUUGGUAUUUUUUAUAUAUAUAUAGUUUACAUGAACUAUCCAGGACUUCUGUACUCUACCAUCACUGCCAUCUCUGGGCUCGCAAAUUGUACGCAGCUUCACGUCACGCUACACCGCUACAAAAAAAAAAAAAAAAAAAAAAAAAAAGCUGGGAAGGUGAUGAGGCCCCCCCCCCCCAAAAAAAAAAUCUAAGUACAGCUUUGGUCAGUGAUACUGAAGGAAGGCAGGUGAUGGUGUUCCCGUGUAUGUUUAUAUGAAGGACAUCAGUUUUAUGUUGUCCCUUUUUUUUGUUGUGUGUGUUUGUUUUUUGUGUUUUUUUUUUUUUUUUUUUUUUUUU